CUCGAGCGACAGACAAACAGAAGAAUGAGUGAGUGUCCAGUGCUAUUAAAUAAAGAUCAAGUGAUCCGGCUGCUCAGUUUGGAGGAUUUGAUUCCCAGACUGGAAUCUGCGAUGGGAAAGUUUUCCAGACAUGAGAAUUCUGGAAUCAUUCAGCCUGUGAGAUCUGUGCUGCCAAUCAACAAACACCACGGUUUCUUAGGUCUUAUGCCUGUUUAUAUGGCCGAUGAAGGAGUUUUGUGCACGAAACUCGUGACUUUCUACAAUCGAGCAGAGACCAGCACUUCACCGUCAACUCACGCCACAGUGUUGCUGUUUGAUCCUGAGCACGGUCACGUGACUGCGAUGAUGAAUGGAGAAGCGAUCACAGCCAUAAGAACCGCAGCAGUGUCGGCUAUAUCUGCUAAACUGUUAAAACCACUCGUGUCAGAUGUGUUGUGCAUCCUCGGCUCAGGACAACAAGCGAGGAGUCAUUACGAUGUCUUCACAAAGAUCUUCAAGUUCAAAGAGGUCCGCGUGUGGAGCAGGAGAAGAGAAAUGUCUGAGCGGUUUGUAGAAGAUCUUGAAGAGCCGGUUGUAGUUUGUUGUUCAGUGAGAGAUGCGGUGAUGGGGGCGGAUGUUAUAGUCACUGUCACAGGGGCCACUGAACCCAUACUGAGAGCUGAAUGGAUCAAAUCAGGUGCACACAUCGCAGCGGUCGGUGCGUGUCGUCCAGACUGGAGGGAGUUAGAUGAUGUGUUGAUGAGAGAAGCGCUGGUGUAUGUGGACAGUAGAGACGGAGCUCACGCGGAGUCAGGAGACAUCAUCCUGUCUGGAGCUCAGGUUUUUGGGGAGCUUGGUGAGGUUAUAAAUGGAUCUGUUCCUGCUCAGCGUGAGAAGACCACUGUGUUCAAGUCAUUGGGUAUGGGACUACAGGACGCUGUCGCAGCUAAACUGGUGUUUGAUAAAUGGAAAAGUGAACAGUGAUGGACUGAAUAUCUGUAAGAAAUAAACAACACUAUUAUAAAAAUGA